AUGUAUCGGCAUUCGACAUUGGAACUUGCCAAACGCGGUUGUCAUAUAGCCGUGGUGGAUGUUAACAUAGAAGGCGCUGAAGAUACUGUUAGACAAAUUCACGAAAUAUCCAAAGUAAAAGCUAAAGCCUAUAAGGUAAAUGUUACGAGUUUUGCUGAAAUUACUGAUAUUAAGACAAAUGUUGAGCAAGAUCUUGGUUCGGUCACUAUUCUCAUCAACAGUGCGGGUAAUCUGUUGCACAGUAAACCUUUGGAUCCCGCUCCAGAAGAUGUGCAAAGGAUGAUCGACGUCAAUUUGACAUCAUACUUUUGGGUGACUUUUUUGUUUGUACAAGUGACCGGGGCUGCUCAUGGACAAGGUCGGGCUAUAGCAUUGGAACUGGCCGGACUCGGAUGCCAUGUAGCCGUAGUAGAUAUUGACAUAAAUGGCGCCAAGGAAACCGUAGAAAAAAAUUCACCAGAUUUCCAGAGUAAAAGCAAAAGCUUAUAA